CGCGCAGGCAGAACCGGUUUAACAGUGUGUGUGUGUGUGUGUGUUUGGUUAGACCAUGGCGCUCGGGCUCCGAGUUCUGUGUCUUUUCUGUGUGUUUAGCUUCGUCUCACUGCAGUUUGUCCCUCCGUACACAGAGGACUGUCGGACGGAGAUGUACCCACCCCGCGGCCCUACGUUUCAAAGCGCGGUCACUUGGUACACCGUCAACCUCGACUCACCUCCAAGCAAAAGAUGGACGGAGAUCAUCACGGAUAAGAAGGACGAGCUGGUCAGCAUGGUGCAGGCCAUCAAAGAUCUGGCAGACGCCUUCGUCCCGAGCGGCCGUCUCGAGGAGCUCAUAGACAAGGCUCUGCCCAUGAUGAUCGACACGCUCCCGUAUCCUUUUAACGAGGAGAUGAAGGGAAUCGCGACAGCAUCCGGAGUCCCUUUGGGCGAGGUCAUUCUUUUCAACAUUUUCUACGAGAUUUUCACCGUGUGCACCUCGCUAGUCGCGGAAGAUCCUCGCGGAAACCUCAUUCAUGCUCGGAAUCUGGACUUUGGACUUUUUCUGGGCUGGGACAUGAAGAACCAUUCGUGGGUGAUCACGGAGAAGCUGAAGCCUCUGGUGGUGAACGUGGAUUUCAGGAGGAACAACAAGACCGUGUUCAAAUCCACAAACUUCGCCGGCUACGUGGGCAUGCUGACCGGCAUCCGGCCUUACUUGUUCACCCUGACCAUGAACGAGAGAUUCAGCUUGGAUGGAGGCUACAUCGGAGUCCUGGAGUGGAUCCUGGGGAAGAGAGACGGCAGGUGGAUGAGCUUCCUGACUCGCUCCGUCUUGGAGAACGCCACCAGCUACGAGGAAGCCAAGAAGCUGCUGUCUGACACCAAGCUCCUGGCUCCUGCUUACUUUAUUCUGGGAGGAAACCAGAGCGGCGAGGCAUGCAUCAUCACCCGCUCCCGAACACACAGCCUCAACCCUCUGGAGCUGGAUGUUAAACAGGGACGUUGGUACGUGUUGGAGACAAAUUACGACCACUGGAAGAAGCCGCUGUUCCUCGACGAUCGCAGAACUCCAGCAAUGAAGUGCAUGAAUCAGACCACACAGACUAACAUCUCCAUAAAGACGGUCUACGACGUCCUGUCCACUAAGCCAGUCUUAAACAAAUUAACUACGUACACUACACUCAUGGAGGUGUCUAAGGGGAACCUGGAGUCGUAUAUCCGAGCGUGUCCGAACCCCUGCAUGCCGUGGUAACAGCUCUCACACGUCUCUCACGCCUCAGCAUUUCUCCAGAACAUUCCUUUACACCGGACCCAUAGUGAUCAUUUUACUGUAAAAGUAAUAAUAUAAUAUAAUAUAAGUGAGGAGUCCCACUAAGCACCACUCUGGGAAUAACACUUCCUUCCAUUUUAGUAGAAAUGUUGGUUAUUUUUGUUGAUUCAUUUUGUUUUUGCUUGUUUUUUUUUUUAAUACUUGGCAUUACAGAAACCUCAUGAUCAAAUGUUAAUUAGUACUAGAAGGUAUUACUUUGGCCUAAAUUCCAGUUUGUAAAUUGGGCAUAUAAUACGCUUCUAGUUUAAUUAGCUAUAGAAACACGUUGAAGUUGAUUUAUCAGAAGAGACAGACGUUGGCUCGGCUGUAACAGGUAUUGUGAUGCAUUUAACUCAUGCUAAUGAAACUUGUGCUGAUACUACAGCUGAAUAAACACACACGCGCACACACACACACAUGAAAUAAAAGACCAUCUACUUUAACUGACCUACAUUCAGAUGUAAACAACAUUAAAAGUGUUUCCUGUGACCCCCAUCUGGUACACCUUGUAAUUCUGACUUGUGUGUACGGGGAGUCGCUGUACCAGACUUAAACACACAGUUACAGUGAGGAUUCUGGGUAAAACGUGUUAACAUGGUGAUUUUUGAGGAGACAGUCUACAACAGAUGGAGAUAUAUUACUCACCUCACAGUAUGACAUGAAAGUUAAUGAUGACGAUUAUAUCAUAUAUACAGGUUGCUGAUGUUUAUAUAAAACAGUAUAUUUAUAUAUAAUCAAAAUUUAAACACAGAAUGAAAACUUGAAUAUUGACUUGAACAUGUUUUGUUUUUCUGAAACAAUUUUGUCUUUGCACUGUUCCUUUUUUUUCUAGUAAUUUCAUUAAAUUUAAAUAUUUUGUUUUUAAAUGAUGACUAAGAAAUUGUGGAAGUGAAUAAAAUCUUAUUGUUGAAAAUAAAAUUUAAAAAUGACUAAAAACAAAUUAGGAGUAAAGCUGUGAAUUACUGCA